AUGCCAAUAGAACAAAGACCAUAUAGUAAUACAUUACAUCAAAGUGGUGAAAGAAAAGCUGUUAUUAAAUAUGUUGAAAUGAGUAAAGAAAUGCAACAAGAUGCUGUACAAACCGCUGCAAUGGCUAUGGAUAAAUAUAAUGAUGAUAAAGAUAUUGCAUUAUUUUUAAAAAAGAAUUUGAUCGUAAAUAUGAACCAACAUGGCAUUGUAUUAUUGGAAGUAAAUUCUCAAGUUAUGUAA